CCUUUCUUUAUGUACAUAUAAGCUAUUAAUGGGAGUGUAGAGAACGUAAUUAUAAUUCCAAGAUUUUCCUGCAAUAAUUGCUUGCAAUGCAAUGAACGAGAUUGUAUUGUUGUAAAUCUUUGCGAAACACAGAUCGGUAGAAUGGCUUCUAACAUGCAGUCAUUCCAGCGAAUGUUGAAAAUGCUGCGCGAAAAUAGCAGUAUUAGGGAAAAACGUGAAGCUUUAACCUAUUUUCGCAGCAACAGCAAAAAGUUACGAUCCUCAGGAAUUGUUAAAGAAGAACAGUGUAAAGAAUUAUGUAAAUUAGUUGUAGAAACAUUUGCAAAUGGAAACAAUGAUAUACAAAAUGAAGCAUAUGCGACGUUAAGUGUUAUUAUUCAGGAUUUUAAAGAACAUACUUUAAACUUAUUUGAAGCUUUGUCACAGAUAAAUCAAAAGAAUAGAUUAAAAAUUCUUAAGUUAUUAGAAAUAAUUGGGGACAAUGCUAUAUCAACAGUUACUAAUGAUCUUCAUGCUGUAAAGUUUUUCACUGAUUGUAUGUCUACGAUACAAACAGAUAAAAUGCCUUGGAUAGCAUCAACCGCAUGUGUAGAUAAUAUUCAAGCAUUGAUAGAUGCUGAAAAUAAACCAUUAUCAGAUGACCAAAGAUUAGAAGAAGAAACAGUUAAUUAUUGUAUUAUUUUAUUAAGAAGAUUAUAUAAGCUUGCUGCAAUAACGUCAGAUACUAACACUCAAAAGUUUGAUGCUUUAUUAGUGGAUAAAGUAAUGUUAUUAGCAUACAUGGGACAUAAGCGACAACGUAGUGGUGCUUUAAAACUUUUACAACAAUCUCUUGCUACAAAUAUACUUUCACACGUUCGUACUAAACUACCAAAUAUAUGGACUCAGUAUAAAUUAGCCUUACAAACUACAUAUUGUAAACGUAUGUUACUUUUGGUGUCUGCCUGUGAAUUAGACUGGGCUGCACAAUGGAAUAUCAGUAUCCAAUUCCUUGGUGUAGACCUUCAUAAAGGUGCUGGUUUAAUAAACGAUUUAUUGAGUAUCGAAGAGAAGGCAUUUAAGUCUACAGAUACAAUUACACGCAGACAAGCAUUCCUUUCAUGGAAGUUACUGGUGGAUAAUUUUGCUUUAGAUCCACAAGAACUUGCUACUGCAAGAAGGAUAAAGUUACUAUGUAUUCCAUUAAAUGCUAAAAACAGUAAAACUGAAUUGAUAGCAAUAACAAAAUUAGAAGUUUGGUGGCAUGUGAUAAUCAAGCUCUAUAAAGACAUUUCCAAAUUUGUUAAUCCUGUGCUUACACAGUUCUUGAACUUUUGUUUUGGACCUCUGGGAGAUACACCGUUAUUAUCUGCGAAAUGCGAUGUAAUAGCUUCACCAGGGAAGAGGUUUUAUAAAACGAAAAUUAUCGCUGUGGACGCUUUAUGUCAACUUCUUGUUCCCAAGCAAGAAAAUCAUAGUGUCUUUUCUUCUAUUUUGGAAGAAAGACUUCCACAUUCUAUGACUGAUGCCGUCUUCCAAGAGUGUUAUAAAAGUAUAAUUCAUAGUGUAGGAGAAGCUUUGCUUGUUCUCAGUCAACUUACAGAUUCAGAAAUGAAAAACAGAUAUCAGCUCGGUAAAAUGUUAUGGACGAGUUUAAUCAAUUAUGUACAAGAAUCAAAAAUGGGAAAAAAAGAAAAUAUGUACAAAGAUAUAAUACUAGUUACUACAGAAUUAGCAAAUUAUGUUAAUAAUAAGCAAAUGAUUAAGCAGUUGAUUCUUGAUAUAAUUUUGUUCGAUAUCGCGGCUCUCAGUAAAGAAUUUAAUUUUCAAGAAGACAUAUUAUCAGCAUUGGUGUACAAACUGCUGCAAAUUCCAUUAUUAGAUAAAGCUGAAAAGGAUCAUUACAAUGCACUAGAAUCUCUUUUAAGGCAUUGUAUCAAAUCUUCAAAGGAAAAUACAUAUUAUUCACAUGCAUUUAAAUGUUUAAAGGAAACAUACAAUAAAUUACAUACAUUAUCAAAUGUACAGUGUAAGAAUGAAUCUAUCAUUCUUAAAUUGUGGCUUAUUUUGAUAGAAGUGUUAAUAACAUAUAUGGAUGAUUUACAAGAAAUUAACGAGGGUAACGAUACGCAGCAUAAUUUAAAAACUGUUGAAUCAAUUAUAAUGUUUCCAUUUAUGUAUAUGUGCCUAGAGGAUAAAGAUCAGAUAAAAGAAGUAACAGAAACAUGGAAACGUUUAUGUAAGCAUUUUGAAAUGCGAGUAGAUCUUAUAGAAAGCAUAAAAAUAAAUGAGAUUGUAAUGAGUAUUGCAAGUACCAUGGAACAUUGUUUGGUAAAAAAUGAAAAAUCUUAUCAUCUUAUUAUAAGUUGUUUGGAUAUUUUGUUAGGUUCUAUUGACUAUAAUCUUCUACUAGCACACACAGAAGUUCCUCCUAUUAUAAAUCUUAUUUUGAAGCUUAUAUAUUACUUAUUGUCUAACAAACUCGUUAAGGAAUCUGAGGCUGCUCUCAGAGCUUUCUCAGCAGUGCUUGUUACAAUUUAUGGACAUAAUCCAAAAAAAGUAAUGUCUUAUUUGCUAAAUUGUAAACCAGCAGUUGAAGUCAUGCUUUCAUCUAAAUUAGAGGGAUUGUACAAAGAAAUAGCGUGUACAUGGGAAUCUAUAAUAAGUAUUGUAAAAGGACUUGGUAUAUUAGUUGAAGAAUCUUUUCUUUCAUCUUAUAAGGAAAUAAUCAUUCAAGCUUCAGAUCAUCCGAAUUUUGAAAUUAAAGAUCAGACUCUGUCAAUUUUCGAACUAAAAGAUGCGAUAAGUAUCAAAAGCAGAUUAACAUUAGAAGAUAUAGAAAAAGAAGUAAAUAAAGACAAAUUGUUAACUACACCGAAAAUUUCAAAGAAAACGAACGAUCAUAUUGAAGGAACACUAAAACAAAUUAAAGUAGCUGAUAAGUGUUUAAAGGAAUCCAGUAGUCCAAAACACUUACCCAAACAAAUCGACGAUUAUGUUUUCAUUAAAACAGAUUUCAAUUUUGAUGUCAGUCGUUUAACAGAGCAUCAAAAAGAAUCUUUGAAACGUAAAAGAGAAGAUAUCCCAGCUUUGUACAAUGAUCUGUCACAAUCCUGUUCUCAAGACACCCAGAAUUUGCAAGAAUGGUUUAACAAAAGGAAUAAAGGUUUAGAAGACGUAGAGACAAUACCCGCUAAAAAUGAUAAUAUUUUGCUAGAAAACGAAGCGGGCAAUGAUGCGAAUAAAGAGAAUCAAAUUGAAAUUGAACCAGAAGAAACUGACAAAUCAGCUGUUGAAAAUGACACAAAGUCAGCAGAAAGUGUUAGACAGAGUGUAUCGACAGAAUCUUUACAACAAGUAAACAGCGAUAUAGACAAUGGUGAAAAUUCAUUGAUAGAUAACGAAACACCAGUAAAAGAAACAAUUUGUGAAAACUCAGGGGCGAAAACUUCAAAAGACUGUAUAAUAAAAAUUGUAAGUUUUAAUGCUGAAGAAGAAUCUCAAGUGGGCAAAGAUAACGACCAAAGAUUAUCUCCCUCUAUAUUAAACACUGGUAAGCGAUCCAAUAGAUCCGGUGUUUCCCAAAAAUCAGAAGUUGCUAGUAGUCAAUCAGACGAGCCAAGUACAUUUCAAAAAAGAUUAAGAAUAAAAUCGAAACAAACCGAGUCCCAAAACGUUUUAGAUGAAACAGAAAAUAAAUUGCUUAAAAGAGGUGUUAAACGUAAGUCAGGUUCAGAUAGUGAAAGCGAAAGAGGCAAUUCACGUCAACGGCAAAAGAGUAAUUUAUCGGAAGCUGGCAGUGAUACUGAGAGUUGUAAAUCUACGGAAAGCGAUACUACAGCAAUGCGUGCGGAAGAAAUAAUUGACAGUGGCAACUUAAGUCAACGUACCAGAAAUGAAAUAUCUCGACUGCGUAUAAAUAUGGUAUUUGAUUGUCCUGUAUCAACUAGCCGACGAUCUAAGGGACCCGAAGAUAAUAAAGUAGAUAAAAAAAUCACUAGACGACUAUUUGAUGGUAGAAGUACUCGAAGUAGAAGUAGGGGCAGGAUGAGGCGGAGGAGAUUAGGAAGAAGUAACGAAUUGAAUAAAACUGAUCAAACUGAAUAUACAAAAAAGACUCCGCAAAAUAAAAGAAGUACCCAAGAAAAAGAACAAAAAAUGGAGGAAGAAGGGAACAAAGAAAAAGAUACAUCAACAGAAGUUGCUACCACUAGUAGUAGUACAUCAAAUUCUGAAGAUAAUUUAUCUGAUUCUAAAGAAUUUAAUAAAAUUGAAACUGUAGUUAACGAAGAGUUAUCAAAUAAUGCACCACAAACAACAGAUGUUGUGAUGAAUGAAAAUUCUGUUGAAACAACUGAAAAGAGCAGUGCAAAUGAUCAAAAUGAUAAAUCUACUGAAGAGAAAUCUCAAACCCAAGAUGAUAUGGAAGAUAUUAUAGAAAGUUCCCAGAAGAUAUUAACAUUAGAGAAAAAGUGUAAUGAGAAACAAUGCAUUAUCAAAAUUAGUAACAUUGAAGAAGUAUUACCUACUGGUGAAGACGAAGAGGUAACUCAAAUCGUUUCAAAAAUUAUUGAUAUAUCUAAAAAUAAUACCAAGGAAACUGAGGAAACCAAUGAAGCUAAACUCAAUGAGCCAAGUAUCUCAACUUCUGUUACUGGUACAAAUUCAUGUGAUAAUGAGAAACAUGAUCCAAUUGAAACACCAAGAGUAAAUGAAGGACAAGGAUUAUUUAAAUAUGUUGUUGAAUUUUCAUCACCCAAGGGUAACGCAAAAGGUCCGUUAAAAUUCAAAGGUUAUUCAACACAAGGCCGUGCAGCGCAUAUGUUAGGUUUGGUAACAAAACAGGCAAGAAUGGAAGCUGGAUGUAACGUCAUAACUAUACACGAUGAAUCUGUUCUUAAAAAAGCAAAAUCCAAAGAUACCGACACUGAAACACCCGGCAAAAAGGAGCGAGGAUUUAUACUGAAAGAAGCUGAUAAAAUAACAUGCAGCAGUAGACAGGAGAAGAUUUUCAAUAACAUGAAAUCAGCAGAUUAUUGUUCAUCGCCUCCAAUAAAAUUAUUUUGUAAUUUGAGAAACGAUGGUGAAAAGAGUUUUCCAAAACCAGAGAAAUCGAUAGAGUACAUAUCAAUACAACCUGAUACUCAAGCUGAAAAAGGUGAAGAUACUUCAGUUGAAAUGGACGAAUUGCCAAUUUUAGAAUGGUCAAGUGCAAAUCCACCUUCUUUGACUGCAUCUCCAAGUGUCAGUAUACUUAAACGUCAUCGUCAAUCUCUUCCUGAACCUGAUCCGGAGUGUGUAACACCAAGCAAGAGAAAAAGAGUAAGUUUUGCCGAUCCUCCAGUUUCAAAGGAAAUGGGAUAUGAAAUUACAUCUAAUGAUUUUGCACAUAAAACUAAUAAAUUUGCCUCUAAAAGUGUGUUCGGACGUAAAGAUACACCUUUGAGAGUAAAACAGAUUAGACAAAAAUUAAUCCCUACUGAUUCAGAUAAAAUGGAAAAAGAUGAAGAGACAGAUAUAAUAAGUAUGUCUGAAGUAGAUUUACAAUGUGAAAAAGAAAAUGAGUUGCUAACAAAGAUGGCUGAAGAAUUGGAAUACUCGGAAAAUGUUACAAUAAAUACUGAUACUCAGGCUCCUUAUAAUGAUUUAACAAAUAAUAUCUCUGUCGAAGUUAAUGGAUGUAAUAAAAUUAAUAUCGAUAAUCUGAAUACCGAAUUUGAGAUUUCACAAAAUUCAACAUUUUCUAAGCAUACAGAAUCAUCUGCAAAUAAAGAAGAUAAAAAUAAAGUAAAUCAUGAGGUAGAAGUUUCAGAAAGUCCUAAUGUCAGUUCAAUGAAAUCUGAAUUCAAUGAUUCAGCUACUCAGGAAGAUCUAUUUAAUGGAACAAAUGCAAAGCAUAAUGACAAAGUCACAGAAACUAGUGGUGAUACCAAUCGAAAUGACACGCAGAAUAUCUCUGUUCAGAUUCUUUUAAGUUCAUUAGAUUCCAUUAAGAUUAAUGCUACUAAAGAGUCUACAACGAAUCGUUCUUUUGACGGGCAUGCAAAUGCUGACAGCUUAGAGGAUACAUUAGACGCGGGGAAUUUCACAAGACUAAAUUCUUCAGCAAACUCGGACGAAAUCUUUUGUGGAAACCUAAUAAGGACUAGUACUCAGAGUACUGAAAGUACAGAAGAACAAGACACUUUGCCCGUUACAGACUCAGUAUUUGGAAGUUUACCUUUGAGUCAAGACAGUCAGAGUCCAAGUGAAUUUCAUGCAAAAGUUCCACAACCGGAGUUACUGAAUAACGUUUAUCCUAUAUAUCCUACAUUAAUAGUGUGUCAAGAACCAAUUAGUUCUAUUGUUCAACAGUUAACUAAUCCACUUUGGGUACGACAUUUGACUGCAUAUUUUGCUAAUAGAAAUCUUCAAACUGUUGGUGACCUUGCACGAUUAUCUGAGCGUGAAAUAAAUAGAAUGCCUAUAAAGGGUAACUCGAAAGUUGAAUUUGUAAAAAGUGUUCUAAGGUCUUUUGAACAAGCGGAUAUUGUAAAAAAAGAAACGAGUAACAUAGUAGAAAACUUAAAUGAUGUAUCAAGUAAUAAUAUGUCCCCUUCUGUAAAUACUCCUGUAUCUGUUUCUGAAUUAACGCAAAAUAAAUUAGUAAAUCAAUUUAGUCAACCAGGUUCUUGUAAGGUUUCUGGCAGUACUGCUAUAAUUGACAAGAAUACACCUGAAAUGUCUAAGAAAGUGUCAGACUCCAAUUUAGAUGAAUCUUUGAAUGUACCUGCAAUAGAUGUUUCUUCAAUAUAUUCACAGGUUUCAUACAAAUCUGUCAAGGGAGGAACACCAUCAUCAUCUGUUUCUGUCUCAUCUCAGAAUUCAUCAAACGUGACAACCAAGCCAAUGAUAAAUGUGCCAAUAUCAUCUAUGGUAUUUCCUGCCUCUUCAUCAGAAGCUUUGGGAGGUUCCAAUUUUAUUAUUACAAGUGGAGCUACUUUAGGAUGUUUAAUGAAAACUGCUGAAACUAGUACUGGUAGUAGUUCCAUUUCUUCAACCAAAACAGAAGGACAGAAGACGUCGAGAUCGGUUGCAGCACAAAUGGCUUUAGAAGAUCUCUUGGAUGAAAUUGAUGUUAAUUUAGUAUUGGAAAGUGCGGUCAGAAGAUGCACCGCAGAAAGAAUUCUUCUACAAUACAAGAACAAAAUGAAACAUAUGUCACAAGUAGAAUUGGAAAAAGAAACCAUAAGAAUGCUCGGCGCUGAUAACGUGAAGAAUUGCAGUGAAGUAACAUUGAGGGCAGCAUGUCGUGCAUGUGGCGUGAAUAAAGUUCUACUUCGUCUACCCGACAUUUUCGGCAGUGAUAAACAGUUCUUUACCAAAGUAUUAAAUGCUUACAAAAAGAAAAUACAAGUCAGUGAUUGUUUGGACAUUCUCGAUUUUGCUGAAGUCAAGGAUGCAAUUUGUAAAAAAUGUACAUCAUCAGAACUUGCUGAAAUAUUGUCGAAAAAGUUGAAGGAAGAAGAACAGGAGGGUAUAAGAGAACCUAUGACAGAGCUAUCUAGCUUGAAUGCUAUGUUGAAAAGAAUGCCAAUGGAUCUAAUAAUUAGUCAUACAGUGGCAAACGAAGAACUUAUUCCAUCACGUGUUGUUUUAGAUAUAGCUUUGCAGAAUAACAGUACAAGUGAUAUAGCCCAGGCUUUGGAAUGUCAGUCCUCUCUUGUUACAAAGGACGUUUUCGAAAAACUUUGGUCUUCCCAAUUUGCAGUUAAUUAUAUCGAACAAUUGAAUUCUAAACAGGAUUUGCUGAAGCUGUUCAAAGCAAUUAGUUUGAAACUUAGUCAGCAAGAUCUUCUGCAAGCGUUCUAUGAAUCCAUGAGCGCUAAGGUAAUGAUAAACCAAGAGAAAAUCUAAAGUUGGAACUUGUAUGUGUGAUAUUUAUUAUUACUAUUAUUUGUGACCAUAGAUUCGUUCUCAUCGAUAGUUUUCAAUAUUGACACACAUUGUAACUUCUUUUUUUUAAAAACAUUUUUAAACAAACUUUUGUGAAAAUUUUCUCAACAGCAUGGCGUUCGUUUGCAGACUUAAUUGGAGUGCUGUGUAUUUAUUCAGGUUUUCUUUUUUCUUGUGAUUUUGGAUUUACAAUGUCUAGUUAAUAUUAUAUUUGAUUCCUUAUACCACUACUUUGAGGCUUUAAUUCUAAAAACAAAGAAAUUUUUAAUUACAAAAUUAAAUUGUUCCAGUAACGGUUAUGUAAAAAGCAACGCUUCUAUUUGUUUAAAGAAGGUGAAAUACUAAUAAUGUCAUUGGUUUAUUAUUUCGCACUGACAUAAAAGUAUUUUAUACCAGUUUAAGUUAACUGAGACUUUGAAAUAACAAUGUUAAUCUUAAAUGGAUUAAGCACGCAACGUUCAUAGUUAACUUCUAGACAUACGCUAUUGUAAAUAUAUAUAAGUAUAUGAAAUGUAAUUGCAGUUAUACCUAUAAUCAACUUUCUACGUAUUAGUUACUUUAUUAUUGUAUCUAUUUAAUUUAGAUUUUGCAAUAGAAAAUCAAAUGUGAAUCAUAAUUGUUUUUUCGAACUUUGUUUUUACAAGAAGGCUUGCUUAAUUCAGAAGAAAAGUUGAGAAAACAUUUCUUGUUUCUUUUGUUGCUUCGUUGUAAGCAAUUCCUUGGAAGUAUUUGUUUGCACAGACUAGUGGCCUAUAGGUUAGAAAUUUAAGUGUAUAUAUAUAUAAAAAGAUAAAAAUUAAAUAUUUCGUACAGGAUCUUUUCUAGACACAAGUUUCUUACAACUUGCCAUGGAAUAUUUUAGAAAGUAAGGUUACAAAUAAAAUGAGAUAUCGUAGUGUAUUUUCAAGUGUGACUCGACCAAAUGUUAGGGGAUAUUAAGUUUGCAUUCAUUUAAUGACAUUUUGUAAAAUGUACAAAGUUUAAACGUUAAGCCAAUUAGACAUAUUAACUGAUGUAUUAAAAGUAUUUUAUACAACGGAUUCUAGGGAAUCUCCUAUUGUAAAAUGCAUCAAAUUUUCGAUCGAUUGCGAUAAAACCAAAAUUUCAUAAUUCUAUUGUGUUAUACAAUACAUAGGAUGUUUUUGGAGAAGCGUAACGUGUCAGCGUGUAAAUUAUCUUGGACAAAAUCUUGGUUUCUAACAAAUUUACAAGAUUAUCAAUUAUAUAUAUAUUUAUGUGUACGUACUAAAUUUAAUUUUUAAGAGGUUUUCAUUAUCAUAGAUAACAGCGUUUAGUUUAAAUCAGAAUCUGACUUUCUACGUUGAAAUGUUACGCAAUUAAAAAACAUGCUGUACAUAAAAUGGAUAUUCAGAGACAGAGUAACAAAUUCCCACGUUAUAUCCUUCUAACAAUAAAUAAAGUUAUAUACGUAUUAUAAUUUUUUCUUUCACACAAUAUGUUAUAUGUUCUAUGAUAGAAAUAUGUUGAACGUACUGUAAUUGAAUACACUAUAAAAGAAAAACCGUGAAGAUUACUCGUAACAUUGUUUUAUUGUCGAUCGUAAGAAUUAAUAAGUUUUAAACAUUACAUUUAAGCACUUAUAUGGCUUUCUUAAUGUAAUAUAGAUAUAUCUUAAUCACGUAAGAGUGCCUCGAACGAAGAAAUAAUUUUGCAUUUUAAGAAAUUGAGGAGUUAUGUUCCGUUUCUGUUUGACAACGAACUGAAGGCAAAAGUAUUAGGGAAACAGGCGAGUUAAUUUCAGUUAUUCAUUAUUACUCUUUAGUAUAACGUGUUUCAUUGAUUAUGAAUGCUUCAAGCUGUUUGCUCUACUGAUGUUUCUGUAUGCUUUUUGAAUCCAUUUAGUGCUUCAGAUAUUCCACUUUUAUUAAUCGCACAUAUUUCGCAAAAUGUAUAAUAACAAAUAAAGAAGGCGUUUAAUAAUAA